AUGCCUUCUCUCGAAAAAGCCAUCCCGCAACCCAAAAUCGAGCUCUACAGCGGGAAAUACUUUGUAGCUUGUGGACUUGGUGGAAUAAUCGGUACGUCUUCUACCUUUCCUCUCAAGGGGCUCACCAAGGGACUCACAACCCUUAUCACCCACUCCCCCUCCCCCUUCUUCAACAAUCACCAGCUAACCCCUCCACUCCAUCCAGCCUGCGGCCCCACCCACACCGCCGUAACCCCCCUCGACCUCGUAAAAUGCCGGCGACAAGUUGACUCCCAACUCUACAAAUCCAACCUCAGCGCUUGGUCUAAAAUCUACCGCGCCGAAGGACUGCGCGGUGUAUUCUUCGGCUGGUCCCCCACACUCGUUGGAUAUUGUUUCCAAGGGGGUGGAAAAUACGGAUUUUAUGAGGGGUUCAAAUAUCUGUAUGGCGAGAAAUUAUUCCCAAAUGCGAAUCAGACGGCGAUUUUCUUGGGGGCUAGUGCUAGUGCGGAGUUUUUGGCAGAUAUGGCACUUUGUCCUUUUGAGGCGAUUAAGGUGAGGAUGCAGACGAGUUUACCGCCGUUUGCAAAUAGUUUGAGGGAGGGGAUGGGGAAGGUUAUUAGGGAGGAGGGAUAUGGAGGACUCUACAAAGGACUCUACCCCCUCUGGGCUCGCCAAAUCCCCUACACCAUGGUAAAAUUCGCAACCUUCGAAACCACGGUCAACAAAAUCUAUUCCUCCCUCGGCAAACCCAAAGCCUACUAUUCCGCCCUCCAACAAACGGGAGUUUCCUUCCUCGGAGGUUACAUUGCUGGUAUUGGCUGCGCCGUGAUUUCUCACCCAGCAGACGUCAUGGUUUCCAAAUUAAAUAAUGAUAGGAAGGCAGGGGAAGGUGCUGGGAAAGCUAUGACGAGAAUUUAUGGAAAUAUUGGGUUUAAGGGAUUGUGGAAUGGAUUGCCGGUUAGGAUAGUGAUGAUUGGUACGUUGACGGCGUUUCAGUGGUUGAUUUAUGAUAGUUUUAAGGUGGCGUUGGGAUUACCUACUACGGGAGGUCAUUAG